UAUGACGUCAAUCGCGUCAGGAGCCACAGAAUCCUACCUCCUUCUCUCCCGACCCUCACCUUAUUCCACGAGCCUUACCCGACUCGGACGCUAGGGGAUGCUAGUGGACUCUCCUCCUUGGCAACCACUGGCCCCGCCCCUUUUGCUCCUUUAACCUUUGGGCAGCGCGAGCGGCGAGUCCCAGGCCCCUAGCUAGUUCCCUGGUGGGGUGCCGUCACCCUCCCCGUAAUUCCUGGCCGGAAGUGAAGAUGGCGGCGGCGGGGAACGGGUCCGCCUCUGCGGAGCUAGUGAUCGGCUGGUGGAUCUUCGGGCUGCUCUUACUGGCAAUUUUGAUAUUCUGUUGGAUAUAUGUUCGGAAAUACCAAAGUCAACGAGAAAGUGAAGUUGUCUCCACCAUUACAGCAAUUUUUUCCCUGGCAAUUGCACUGAUCACAUCAGCACUUCUACCAGUGGACAUUUUUUUGGUUUCUUAUAUGAAAAAUCAAAAUGGUACAUUUAAGGACUGGGCUAACAGUAAUGUUAGUAAACAAAUUGAGGACACUGUGUUAUAUGGAUAUUACACUUUAUAUUCGGUAAUAUUGUUCAGUGUGUUUUUGUGGAUACCAUUUGUUUACUUCUAUUUUGAAGGAAAGGAUGAAGAUGAUACUAGUAGAUGUACUCAAAUUAAAACAGCCUUCAAGUAUUCUUUGGUAUUUGCUGUCAUUUGUGCACUUCUUCUUUUGGUUGGUGCUUUUGUUCCUUUGAAUGUCCCUAACAAAAAUUCCACAGAAUGGGAAAAAGUGAAAUUCCUGUUUGAAGAACUUGGAAGUAGUCAUGGUUUAGCUGCCUUGUCAUUCUCCAUCAGUUCUCUUACUUUGAUUGGAAUGCUGGCAGCUAUCACAUACACAGCCUAUGGUAUGUCAGCAUUACCCCUAAAUUUGAUAAAAGGUACUAGAAGUGCUGCUUAUGAACGCUUAGAGAACACUGAAGAUAUUGAAGAAGUGGAACAGCACAUUCAAAGGAUUAAAUCAAAGAACAAAGAUGGUCGACCUCUACCAGGAAAGGAUAGACGGACUUUAAAACAUUUUGAAGAAAGGCUGCGUACACUUAAAAGAAGAGACAGGCACCUAGAAUUCAUUGAAAAUAGCUGUUGGACAAAAUUCUGUGGUGCCCUACGUCCCUUGAAGAUCAUAUGGGGAGUAUUUUUCAUCCUUGUGGCACUGCUGUUCACAGUUUCUCUCUUUCUGUCAAAUUUGGACAAAGCUCUUCAUUCAGCUGGCAUUGAUUCUGGCUUCAUAAUUUUUGGAACCAAUCUGACUAAUCCAUUGAAUAUGCUUUUGCCUCUAUUACAAACGGUUUUCCCACUUGAUUAUCUCCUUAUAACAACUAUAAUUAUGUACUUUAUUUUUACUUCAAUGGCGGGGAUUCGGAAUAUUGGUAUAUGGUUCCUUUGGAUCAGAUUGUAUAAGAUUAGAAGAGGUAGAACCAGACCCCAAGCACUCUUGUUUCUCUGCAUGAUACUUCUGCUGAUUGUCCUUCACAGUAGCUAUAUGAUUUACAGUCUUUCCCCCCAGUAUGUUAUGUAUGGAAGCCAAAAAUACUUAGUAGAGAGCAAUGCAACAUAUAUUGACCACAAAGGGAACGAUACACUGUCUGUGCCAAAGAACUGUGAUGCAGAUGCUCCAGUAGAUCAGUGCAUUGUCACAAGAACCUACCUGUUCCUGCACAAGUUCUGGUUCUUUAGUGCUGUCUAUUAUUUUGGCAACUGGGCCUUCAUUGCAGCCUUCUUAAUUGGAUUAGUGGUAUCAUGUUUUAAAGGGAAGAAGUCAGUCAUUGAAGGAGAAUUGGAUGAAGAUGAUUCAGACUUAAGUGAUGAUGAACCUUCUGUGUAUUCUUCUUGACAGCCUAUUUCAAAGGUUGAAAAUUGUUCAUUUUAAAAUUGAUUGAAUAUAACAUUCAUAUAAAUCUUUACCCUGAGUAGGUUAAGCUGACUAAUUUCCAUCAAAAGUAGGACUAUGGGCUAAUCAAAAAGUAUGUAUUUUGUUGUUUUAUAAAAGAAUAUUACUUUAGUAUAUUAAUGUCAAAAGUAAUUAUAAUGUGUGAGUAUACAUCUAUUGAUGCAAUGAGGGAAUGUUUUCAGGAAUUUUUUUUCCUCUGAUGUAUAAUAGUAUUGAAAUUGAUUAAAACUCUUCUGAAAUAAGUGCUUCUUUUUUUGCUAUUUUAAGAUGUAAUAAAUCACUGAUUCUUGUGCCUUUGGCUCUCUGCAUUGAUAUGAAAUUGUAAAAUGUCUUUUACUAACUAAUAUCUAACAUAUUAUUACAGGUGGUAAAUAAAUAUUGCUCCCAAUGCAUAGCUUUUGUUAUUCACUUACUGUGUAAAGUUACAACUAAUAUAAAGUAUAUUGUAGUCACUAAAUCAUUCAAAUGUAGUCCAUGAAAUUAGGAUUUUAAAGAUUUUUGUCUUCAAAUUGUAAAUAGUAACAUGCAUGUUAUUGUAAAUGCAUCAAUAAAUCUGUUUAUGCUUGAAACUAUUGUUCCCCAAAUCUCUCAUGCUAUACUUUUCAAAGCUGGUAUAACAAACCUGUGGGUUAUUAAAGGUAGUUUUUCUGAGCUAAUUUUAAAUUUCAAGUUUCUAUACUAAAUGGGGUUAUAUUUGCCAAUGCAAAUAAUGCUUUCUUCUGAAAAAUGGUUAAAGCUAUGGAUCAGGAUUUUGUAAAUAGUACUUAUGAAACACAACUUUUUGGUUUUGUUUUAUUAUUUAAGUGAAAGUAAAUGUUUGAAUGUACAUGUGUGUAUUUUAAAUAUAUAAAACUCUUACCUAGUGUUGUUGGGGAUGAGGUGCAGUUAAUCUUCAAUUCUGAUUCAUAUAAAUAAAUACUGAUAAAAACUGACAA